CUAAAUUCUGUGCAACGUAUGACUACAAGCGCAUGCGCACUGUACGUAUACAUACCACUUUCCGGUUAAAGUACGUUUCCUUUUCUUUCUAAACAUCCAAGAUGGUUAACGUACCGAAGCAAAGGCGUACUUUCUGCAAAAAGUGCAAAGUACACAAGCCUCAUAAAGUGACACAAUAUAAAAAAAGCAAAGAAAGGCAUGCAUCUCAAGGUAGAAGACGUUAUGACCGUAAACAGCAAGGUUUUGGUGGUCAAACAAAACCUAUCUUCAGAAAGAAGGCGAAAACUACAAAGAAAAUUGUCUUGAGAAUGGAAUGUACAGAAUGCAAAUAUAGGAAACAGAUUCCCCUUAAGAGAUGCAAGCACUUCGAAUUAGGAGGAGAUAAGAAGAGAAAGGGACAAAUGAUCCAGUUCUAGGGUGAAGUUAUAUACAUUAACUUUCUGUAUGUAUUUAAUAAGAAAUGAAAUAAAUCUUUUGGAAUUUGUAUAGUUUAUUUUA